AUGGGCAAAGAGCAGGAACUCCUCGAAGCCUCUCGCAAUGGAAACCUGGCCGUGGUGGAGCGGAUUCUCAGUCAAAGAGCCAAAAAGACGGGACCACUGGCGAGCCCGAUGGCCGCCGGUAUGGGAUCGGGACCAUGCCUGCAGCAACAACACAGGGAUGCGGCCUCAUAUUCGUACAUGCUGCACGACACCCUCGGCUUAGGCGCCUACUCCAGGGCCUCGGCCAACCCGGCUGGCCAGGGUGGCAUCGCGGGAGGGCAUCCCGCCGCGUACGCAGUCAGCGGGGCCAGCCCUCAUGGCGCCGCAGGUGUCAUCUCUCCAGGCGUGACGGUGCCAGUGCAAGUCCCUGGCCAAACAACCGACCUCUCGGUGCCGUCCAACUAUUGGCCCCGACUGCAGUGACAAUGGCCCAUGGUUGGGUACCCGACCGACCUGAGCCUCGCCAAGGGUAGCAGGUCGUACGCCAACCUCCAGGACCACUUCCCGGCCACUUGCGCCAACAAGGACUAGUCGCGCUACAUGCGCCCACAAAGGAAGCUUGGCUUCACUCUUCUAGUCCGCACGAAUUCUUGCCAGCAGCGCACAGCAGAACUCUGAUGAACGGUGCAGGAAACGUGCGUGCUCCUUCUUGCAGAAGUGUGAAGCAGUGGCCAUGUUUUGUGAUGGUGUGUGCAGCUGCUCUAAUAGCAGACCCGUAUUCUUUUCCCUUUAAUGACCACCCAUGACCAUCUUUGUGUAAACAACAAAGGGUUCAAUAUGGCAUGCAGCACAUAAAAUGUUGUGCUAAUGUCAAGCGUUUUAGCGCAGGACUUUGGAAUCUUUGGAAUCUCUUGGCACUGAUGCUUAAUAUCGCAAAGUUUCUCAAGGCUACAAAUUAGAUGGGCAUUU